AUGGGUAGAAAGAGUCGUAAAAGCUUGUUGAUUAAGCCGUUUUGUUAUUUCUGCGGAAGAGAGUUCGACAAUGAAAAGGUACUGGUUCAACAUCAAAAGGCCAAACAUUUUAAAUGUACCGAGUGUAAUCGUAAACUAGAGACUGCAAAUGGACUGUCAGUUCAUAUGCAACAGGUGCAUAAAAUGGCGCUCAGGCGAGUGCCCAACUCCCUCGAGGGCCGAGACAACAUCAGUUCCUCGAUCCAGGGCAUGAACGGCGUGCCCUCUGAGGUGAUAGAGGAGCAUCGCGCACAGCAUAUGCAGAAGCUGGCGACCCUGAAGAGCCAGAAGCAGCAGAGGAUAAGCUGGACUCAGAUCAACGCGCCAGGCUUCAAUAACCAGCUCGUGACUAUGCAAAAUAACACGGGCUUGCAAACGAGUGUGCCCCCGAACAUGGCCUCUGGCAUGGAUGGAGUGGGCGCCAUGGCCGGGACUAGUCCCGACGGCAACAUGGCCAAUAACUUCGGCAGCGUCCUCAAUGGCGUCGGUCUACUCAUUCUUGACGCCAAUGGAAUGCCGGUUUCUCAGCCUACGCAGGCCUCGCAGCCGGCGGCCCAUCAGCCUUCGAAGCAGUCGUUGCAGCAGUCUAGCAAGAUCCUUUACAAGGGCAACUUCUCCGGGCCAGCCACUUCCCCAACGACCCAUUCUAAUUUGAACAGGGACACCCCCUACUCAGGUUCUGCUAGGUCCGGCGGAUUCGAUAGGCCCAGUUCCGGCUUCGACAGACCCUCGUCGGCUUCUGCCAACCAUGCCGAUUCAAAGGCCCCUGAGGCCGAGGAUGACUCCCACACCACCUUCUAUAAGGCCACUGGGCCUCAGCCCCUUUACGUGCCGACGCCGGCACUUGAGAACACAAAGUUAUCGUACACCUCCGACACGGUUUCCAUUGAGGAGCUGAGGGCAAAGAUUAAGUACAACUGGCACGAGACACAGACUUGA